UCGUGAAAUAAUAAUCAUUGAUGACAUUGAUCGCUUCAUCGCUCUUGUCGUUUUGGUUGCGUCGUUGAAUUAAAGGUGCAAUUUCAAUGCGUCAUCAGUGAUAGUAUAUAUUCACCAUGUCUGCUACGGCUAUACAUAAAUUUAUAACUUUUGUAGGAUUUAUGUUUAUAUUACAUGCAGCUUAUUCUGCGGCACAACAUCGUUCCUAUUUGCGAAUCACCGAACAAGAGUUUACUACUUUACCAAUUGACAUUUUAAUCCAAGGCAUAGUCAGUUUAUUUAUCGUUAUGUACGGCGUUAUGUACAUUGCUGGCGAUUUCAAAGAAAUCCGGGCAGUUGUCGAUUUGGAGAAUAAAUCUUGGGAGACGCUGCGGAAUCUACCAUCCUUUCAAGUAUUUAAUCAUCGUGGAAGAUCUCUGUCACCAGAAUACAUCUCGGAGUAAAAAUAGUAUAUUUUGAUAUCAAAUAAUUGAAAAAAGAUAAUAGAUACGCUAAAUUAUUUCUAUUUGUUAGAAUUGCAUUUAGAAUAGCAAAGAUCUAUUGAAAUUUAGUACUAUCAAUUAAUGUAAUUUAUAUUUGUAUUAUAUUAAAAUAAAUAAUUUAUCACUUAAAAAAAAUCAAGUUACAUAUAAAGUGAAAGCAUUAACAAGAUAAUUUAAUAUAUACAUAAAUAUGAAAUGUAAUUAUUUAUUGCUGAAAAGCAACUUGUAGUAGAUUGUGAUCUUUGUCUUCAUAAUAUCAAUCUACAGCCUUAAAAUUCAAAACAUGCGGCGAACGGUUUUGUAUACACAUUUUACACAAUUGUGUGACAGUAAAUAGUAUGAAUAAAAAAAGUCUCAGUUUUUCUUAUCG